GAAGCGGUAGGUAGCCGCUCCAUCCCGCAGUGUUGUCCUCCGCUCACGCUGCUCCGGGAGCUCGCAGGCCGGCAGCACGUUACCGUCACCCCCGUUAUUAUUGUCAGCCAGCUCCGCUGCUAACUGUCACUUAGCCCCGUGAGGUGUUCCGCUUUAUUCAGGAAUAAACUCUGUCAGCAGAAGGCUGGAGAGGAGACGGCGGACGGAGAAUCCGCUCCGGUCUCCGCUGGGUUUGUUUGUGGAAGCGCCGCUGCUAACGCUGCUAGCGGCUAACGCGGCUAACGCUGGGCAGGUCAGUUAGCCACCGUUAGCUGCCCCUGGAUGCAGCCAGGCGGCCGGUGUAGCUCCCCGUUAGCCCCGCAGACCCCGCGGAGCAGCCCGGCCUGAGCCCCCGGGGCUGCGCGGCCCUGUGCCGGAGGAAACGCUCCUCAGCCCGCUGUUAUGUUCCAGGGAGCAAAAUGGCUGAAUUUAUUUCUCCGACCUUGACAGUAAAACCGGGAUGACAUUUUAUUUAUAGCGAGCUAACGGUUCAGGUGAUGCUGCGCUAGCUCGGUGAUGUAACCCGCUGCCUUCAAACCUCUAAAUCGGAAUUUUAUUUUAUUUUUUUACUACGAAGUUUAUGUCAAGUAUUUCAUAAUGACUCUCACGUUUAUUCUGCGCUUAAACGGGCAAACCGCUGUGUGUGUUAGCAUCCCCCAUUUAAAACAAUAGGAUCUGUUAGCCACGAGCUAGCAGCAGCCGGAGAUGCACAGCGGCCUCAGGCAGGCUGCCGGGGCCAGAACCGAACCAUUAUUUAACCGAAACCGGGGUCCGAACUGUGUGUGGCCCCUGACCCCAUUUCACCAGGAGCCCUCCUGACUGCAUCAGUGCAGAAAGUCUUUAUGAUCGAUGCAUCCAAACACAGUCCAGACCUGAAGGGACGAGGCUGCAGAAAACAGAAUAUCAAACUGUCAGACGCUGCUUAACUUAAACAUUUCAGCUUCUCAUGUGAAGAUUUCCACAUUUAUAUUGAUGGUGCGCUGCCGGACGCAACAGCUGAAUGACGAUGUCCUUGUGAGAGUGGGCGGGGCUACCUGGCCCUGAGGCGGUAAGGAGGCGGAGGAGUCUCGGCCCUCAGCCCCUCCCCCCUCUUCUCCUGCGAAGGACCAAACGGACGGGAACACAAACGGGCGUGGCUGUCUUCUCCUUCCUCCUCCCCUCUCCUCCCUGUUCUCUCCUCCUCCCCCCCUCCCCAUCUCCUCCCCCCCUCCCUCCCCCGUCUCCCCCCUCGUCCCCUGCCACCAUGCUGUGGUCACGCUGCUGCUGGAGAGCCUGAGGAAGCAGAUUCUGGAAGGUGACCCUGCUCAGCCGGGGGACUUCUACCUGUCCCUGCUGGACCCGAAAACCCUCGCAGAGUGGCGGCCCCCAGAUGGCUUGAUGCCUGAGAGCAGCUACUGGCAGCUCUGCCCUCCCUCCAAGUCCAGCCUGCAGGGGGGGUUACUGAGCUCUAGUUUCCCCCCGGGCCCCGUGCCCCUGGUGCCCCCUGAUGCUCACCUACAGGAGGGGGGCGACCCCCUGGACGGGACCCCCUCUCAGCCGCAGCAGCACCGGCCCCUGGCGCCUAGCACCUCAGCGUCCGAGCUGUCUCUCCCUGGUGCGCCGGUGGCCCCUCCCGGCCCCGGGCCCCCUCCUCCACCUCCCCCGCCCCCCAAACGUCACUGCCGCUCGCUGUCGGUGCCCGAGGACCUGUCGCGCUGCCGCUACACCUGGCGGCCCAGCGCCUCGCGGGUCUGGACUCCUGUCAGUCGCCAGCAGUGCCACGGGGGAGCGGGGGGAGGGGCCUCAGGUGGGGGGGCUGGAGGAGGGGGUAUAGGGGUGGGAGCGGCGGGAGGGGCUUGUCCUCUCCGCGCUCCCAGCUCCUCCCUGAACUCCUCGCUCCACUCCUCAUCCAGCCCCACCUUCUUCAGCCUGGCGCUGUCUCCGGACUCCCCGCUGCCCUGGAGCUUCCCCUGGGACCCCAGCGAGGCGGCGGCGGGGGGAGGAGCCUGCUGCUGCUUCUUCCCCUCCCCCUCCUCCUGCUCCUCCUCGCCCUCCCCCCUCCACCCUCCUCCCCCUCCUCAGAGGCGUUUCUCCCUCUCCCCCGUGCUCAUCAGAGACUCGGCGGCCUCCACGUUCCUGCCUCCUCCUCCUGUGCCGAGCCAAGCGGCGCCGCCUCCCCCGGGGCGCUCCGUCGUGGCCGGAGCCGCCCGAGGGGGCCCGGUCCCCGCCUCGCCCUCCUCGGCUUGCAGCACGCCGUCGUCUCUGCGCCGCAGUCUGCCGCCGCAGCUGCCGCGCUGCCACUCGCAGCCCUGCGACCUGCUGCUGUUCAAACCGGGUCUGAAGAGACGCCGCGACCCGGACAGGCCCUGCGCCCGACCAGUCCUGGACUUCACCAAGAUGACUCAGACCCGCAGCAUCGACCCGCAGUGUCUGGAGCGCGGCGGCGGCAGGCUGGCCUGCGGCGGUGACGUCUGCAUGGGCAUGGAGGCCUUCAUGGGCGACUUCCGGGGCUCCUGCUCGCCGGCCGAGUGCCUGGGCAGGACCAGCAUCGGGCCGCUGAGCGAGAGCGACGAGGAGUGCCGCGAGGACGACGACGAUGACGACGGGGAGGAGGAGCCUGAGGAGCGCGAGGCGGCGCAGCAGGCCGUGUUCGAGAGGGACUGUACAGAACUGGACUUGAACUUAAUAGAAGAAAACUGAGGCAUUUGUAAAUGAAGGCUGUUUCUGUUGGUUAAGUUUUAUUUUAAUUAACCUGACUCCCCCCCCAACACUCUGCGCCGCCUCGCCACCAAUCAGCAAGGCUCUCAGGAACAACGCCUCCUCUCAUUGGAUGAGCCGGGGCAAACGAAGCUGAUUGACGACGACAGUGAUGAUCUGGCUGCCAUCGUUAGAGACUCGGCGCCGACCUGUAGCCUGAGCUGUGUGUUUACAGCCAGGCUCUGAGAGGAACCUGCGACCCGAGGACGCCGCCACACUCUGAGUCCCAGUCGGCGUUCCCAGUCCGAAGCCGCUGGUUCCUCCUUCUGUGACUGGACUCAGACUGUCCAGGCGCUCCGUGGCGUCCAGGUGUCUUCCAACACGCCGUUGCCGAGUCUCUGUAACACACUACAGUCUGAUGAGGCCGGCGCCGCACUGCAGCGCCAACCUGAAACAGCAUCACACGCCCGGCCGCGACCCAGACGCCACGUGAGGUCUUUAAUCAGGAUUUAAAGGGCCAGUUCACCAAAUCACUUAAAUGGAAGUGUAAAUAUUUAGUUUCAGUGUCAGAGAAACUGAUAAUAUAAUAACAUAAUCGGGCCAGUUUAUACGUCUGCGUCAAAUCUACGCCGGAGCCCGAUGCACACCUCCCCAAAUAUUUAACCGCAGGCCGCAGUGAUGCAGACUGCAAGAACUGUGAUUGGUCAUCUCGGUAGCGUCACAUUUCUGGCUCAUCCUUCUUCUUCUUCUGCCACGACCAGUUAAAGGGUCGCACACGCCAUCUCCUCGGACGCCUUCCCUCGUUUCUGUGUUUCAGUAAUUUCACUGAUGUUCAACAUGAUCCGCUCACUUCCAGCCGCCCUACACCAACGAAGAAGAAGAAGAAAGUCAACACAGUGGAACAUAGAAACCCCGCCUCCGACUAGCAUUGGAUGCCAACACACACGUUUAAGUACUCACAGCGGCACGUAGCCUCGACACUGACGUUUAAACUGGCCUUUAGUCGGAAGCAGAAACUGCUUUGUAGAUAUAAUGUAUAAAAACACACGAGCGGAGCCGCUUCAUGAUCAGAACUAAUCAUCGGCUGCUCGUCCUGAUUCAGAGUUCUUCUCUAAAUGUUCAGAUUGGGGCGUCGGUACGAUUUUCAUCAUGAGAAAAGGAAUCAGUAUCCUUUAAUUUGCACGUCGAGGACACGCAAAGUGCUUUAAAGACUGAAACGCCCUCUGCGGGUCACGUGGUGAUGCGUUCAGGUUCGCUGUUCUGUGGCGUCGUCCCCUCAGGCGCCACUGAGGGCAGGUAGCCACUGAUGCUGUUGUUCACCUGAGUGUUCACACACACACACCUGUCCCUGCUGAACGCUACACCUGCUCACUCGCUCACUUGUGUGUCUGUGUGUGUGGUGGUCAUGUGACCUGCGUCCAGAUUGAAUCCAGAUCGUGUCCUGAUCCAGUUUCUCCGAGCAUCAGCACGAUGUCACAGUUACAUCAGAAUCUAGAGAAAGCGAGUUAAAGUCGAACGCGAGUGACUGCGUUUAAAGAUCUGCAGUCAGGCGUGGAGAGGAAGGUUACAGCCUCCUCAUCAUCAUUUUCAGCUCUUCCCCAGCAAAAGCUGCUUCACUUACGGCAGCGUUUGAUUCACUGAGGCGGUUUCUGACAGGAAACAGGAAAGUCUUGGUGUCGAAUCGGGUUUCCAGCGUUUCUCCUCGACAAAAGUAUCAGCAAAGAAAAGCGAGAGUAAAAUGUCUCAGCUUUGGGAAACGCUUUAAAGACCCGACAACUAAUCUAAAAAAUAAGUUAAGAAAAUAACAAUAACAUCAUCAAUAAAUCAAUCACGGCCUUUCUGAGCUGCCAGAAGUCCGCCUGUAUUCCAGGUCGUCGAUCGCUCGGGAAUCAAUCAGACAUCAAACUGAACUAUCAUAAAAUUAAUUCCCCGUGCUGAUUGGCUGCCUCAGAUCCAGCUAUUGAUCCUUACUAUGGCUGUUCAAUUGAAGACGUCUCUCUUGUAGACAAACACGAUUUAUUUUUCCUUAAAAGUUGAAACUAGAGCUGCAACGAUUAAUCGCAUCAUCGACUAUUAAAAUGAAUCGCCAACUAUUUGGAUAAUCUAAUCAUUGAGUCGUUUUUUUUUUUUAAAGAAAUGAUCUGAUUCAGCUUCUUAAAUGUGAAUAUUUUCUGGUUUCUUUGCUCCUCUUUGACAGUAAACUGAAGAUAUUUGGGUAUCUGGUAAAACAGUACGUCGCCUCGGGCUUCUGGGAAACAGACAUUUUCCCCAUUUUCAGACAUGUUAUAGAUCAAACAACUGAUCGAUUCAUCGAGAAACGUGUCGUCAGAUUGAUCGACGGUGGUAAUAAUGGUUAGUUGCAGCUCUAGUUUCGAACACGAGCACCUUCAGAUACACAGAAAUGUUCACAGACUCGUGCACGUGUUGGAGAGAAGAGUCACGUUUGGAUCAGGCUUUAAUCUGGACGCUGACAGAACCACCAGGUGUGAAUGUGUCGUUGGGGGAAGUGACCUGACAAACGGCCGGCUUGUUUUACAUGUUUUAGAUUUUGUACGUGAGGACCAUCUUCACAUUCCUGCUGAUUGUUUCAGUUCCUCCGUCAGAUUUCCUUCCUCCCCGUGCAACCGUUUUGUUUCCUGUGAAAAGUCGACCUGCGGCGAGGUAAUCAUCACAGUCGGACGACCUCUUUAGCGAUGCGUUCAGGGACACGUUAAUAUCCCGAGAGUUGAUUAUUGGCUUGUAGAAAACAGCACCUAAGAGUGACUUUAGACAGUCAGAAGACAAUCAACAGGUAAACAUUUUAAGACGGCCGUCAGAUCUGAGACGGCAAGAUGUCCCUGAAUGCACCACAAAGGGGAAGAGGUUUCCUGUUGGAUAACGUGUCUGGAUUUCAGCUGUGAUGGAUUAUCGUCGUUUGAUUUUUGGCAACGUUACUGUUAAACUUCUGAGAUGUUUGUUGAAACAGCAGCGAGUUCACUUUGUAAAAGAUGAGAUUGUUUUGUGUUGGCGAGCUGCUGCCGUCUGGAGGUCGGAGGAGGGUUUAUUUGUGAGAACAAAAUGCAGAGUUUCAGUUUGUGCAA